CAGAUGUAGGAUCCCCAACACGCUUGGAUGGUAAGAUGCUUGCAGAUGAUGUAUUAGCAAUUGUAUCGGGAUUAGUGGUAGCAGUAGUGACAGUAUUGGAGUUGGGAUCAGUUGAUUGCAAAGCUGAAUCAUCUUCCUCAUCGUCUUCUUCCAUAAUUUCAUCCACCAUAUCAAGAGAACUAAUUCCUAGAUUUUUUUCUAGAUUGCCAGCUAUUGAGGAUAUUCCACUCGACUCAGAAUCACGUCUAGGAAAUUCUAUUAGGUCAAGUUUUUCAUCACAAUUGGGAUAA